GCCAGUAGCAAAACAUGUACCGAUAGCUAUGUGCGUACUAACUACGAGAUGUCGGUAGUUUGUGGUCGUGUGUCGUCAUUGUUCAGGCGUGUUGGACUCGGAUUCUUUCAGUGUGCUGUGGCCCCAUUAUCGUUGCGUGUUGUUGGAUGUAACAGAGGGAUUAAGUUACCUGCUGGCAGCAUCACACUGAUCCAGAGCAGAGCACGCAGCGACAUGAAGCAUGCUAUUACACGGAAGCUGGUGCGAAAUGGAGAGGAUAAGAAAGCAGUGGUCUGUAUUGAGGGGAACAUUGCCAGUGGGAAGACAACAUGUCUGGAGUAUUUCAGCAAAACUAGCAAUAUAGAGGUCCUUACAGAACCAGUCUCUAAAUGGAGAAAUGUCCGUGGACACAACCCUUUGGCACUGAUGUAUCAGGAUCCUGAGCGCUGGGGCAUCACACUGCAGACCUAUGUUCAACUUACAAUGCUUGAUAGACACCUGUCAGCCAUAUCAGGUCCUGUCAGGAUGAUGGAGAGGUCCAUCUUCAGUGCCAAGUACAUCUUUGUGGAAAACCUCUUCAGAAGUGGGAAAAUGCCAGAGGUGGACUAUGCUGUUCUUGGCGAGUGGUUUGAUUGGAUCACAACUAACAUUUCCAUUCCUGUUGAUCUGAUUGUCUACCUGCAGACUUCUCCUCAGACCUGUCAUGAGAGGUUAAAGCAGAGAUGCAGAGAGGAGGAGAAAGUCAUUCCACUGGAGUAUCUGGAUUCCAUCCACCAGCUGUAUGAGGAUUGGCUCAUCAAGCGCACCUCCUCCCUUCUUCCUGCUCCUGUUCUAGUGAUUCCCGCUGACCAUGACCUCCAGAAGAUGCUGCACCAAUACGAAGAAAACCGUGACAAAAUCCUAGCAACUAGUUACGUCUGAUACGCAAACAUAGUUACACAAAAAACACGCAUGCACUAACACACAGUCAAACGCAUCACUGCAUUGAGACAAGAGAUCCCAAAUAGUUGUUUACAAACCAUUGUUAUACAAUUGUGACAUUUACCUGAGGUUUUUCCACAAUUAUCUAAAGCGCUAAGAUUCUGAUUUUCAUUUUUAGCAGUUUUACAGCUCAUUUAUCUCCAUGGAACAACUUUGUACUCGACUACAGUUCAGCCAGUGUGUGUUGAUGUGAAGUGAAGACUAUGUAAGUGUCGGUAACCACCUGCUGCGGAUACAGAGUACAUCGUGAAUAUAUACUGUACAAUGACACCACUGAUUUUAGGACCUGAUGAAGACCACGUAGGGUUGAAGUGUGUCUCUGUAAUUCCUUUGAAUGAAGGAUCUUAGGUUCUUUGUUUUACAUGUUUUGUCAUAUUAAGGAAAUAUUGUAAUCCGAAUUUUGAUUUUUACAUUUUCUGAUUUUUGUGUUGGUCUGAUGUGUUAGUUGAAAGAGUUGGCAAGAAAGAAAAGAUUAGGAGAUGUUUAGUGUUUGUCAUGAAACAUUUUAAAUAUCAAAUAUAUUGUAUUUGUAGAUGCAGCAAUGAACUGUGUUUUACGAACUAUUCCCGAGCAGGUGUAUACAAUGAUACAAUCGUGUUUCACAAAGUGGUGAACCUCAGCCCAUCUUUGUUUGUGAAUGACUGUCUAUGACUAUAUAUCACCUGUUACCACUUAACCUGUUUACCUCUUCAUAGUUCUAAAUUGUUGUUUUUUGUUUUUUGUUUUUUUGUUUUGUUUUCUUUUUGAGUAUUCCACAACUUUCCCAGUUUUUUUUUGUUGCACCUGUCCCAACAUGUUUAAAAAUGAUGCUGGCAUCAAAACAAAAAUCAAUUGAAUUGAUGAGGUUAAACAUUAAAUAUAUCAUCUAUGUACAGUUUUGAGUUGAGUAUAUGUGAAACAGAAUUAGCAAAUUUUUUGCAUCCUUUUUUCUUUGCAUUUUUACGCAGUGUCCCAACUUUUUUGGAAUCAGGGUUGUAGCUCUACAUUAGAUGUAAACAGUAUCUCAUGGUUGGCCCCUAAUUUAAUGAGUAGGGAUGGGGAGGGUCUGAAUGCCGUAUUCCAGAGUUGCUGCUCAUCACUGUAUAGAAGCAGUGUAGUCUGGACUCAUUUGUUUAUGAUAAAGAAUUAACAUCUUCAGCAAAUCUGGCCGUUACUUUUCAAAAUACUCAACAGGACUGGAAGUAAGUCAACAUUUGAACACCAUACUUUAAGUAGUUUAAGUUGAACAUGAUUAUUGUAGGUGGCUUCAGUGUUCAUGUGGAUGUUGAUAAUGAUAGCCUUAAUACUGCAUUUACUACACUCUCAAACUUGUUCUGACAUAUGGCAUUGAAAUUGAACACUUAAUAAUCUCUUCACAGAAUCCUCUUUUGUCUGAUCAUCAUUUGAUUACUUUUGAAUUUCUAUUACCGGACUACCCGCCAUUAGGCAAAAAUUCCCACACCAGAUGCCUAUCAGAUAAUGCUAUAGCUAAAUUUAAGGAUGUGAUCACAUCAGCAUUUAAUUCAGUGCCACGUCUGUGAUAAGAUUAGCCCUUCUCAAAUUGAUCAUCUGAUUGAUAGUGCUACAGGUUCAUUGCAUAUGACCCUUGACUCUAUUGCCCCCUUAAAAAAGAAGAUAACAAAACAGAAGAGGUUGGCUCCUUGGUAUACCCCCCAAACCGGCAAAUUGAAGCAAACGUUACGACAACUUGAAAGAAAAUGGCGUUCCACCUAUCUAGAAGUAUUUUGUCUGGCAAGACAGUCUUAAACCAUGACAGGAAAGCCCUCCAGAAGUCUGCCAGAGCAGCUUAUUUCUCUCGAAUAAUAGAGGAAAACAAAAACAAUCCCAGGUUUCUCUUCAGCACUGUAGACAGGCUGACAGUCAUAAUUCCAUUGAACCACAUAUUCCCUUAAGCCUCAAUAGUAACGACUUCAUGAGUUUCUUUAAUGAUAAAAUUCUAACUAUUGGAGACAGAAAUUAGCAGCUGCUGUCCUCAGUGGGUACUGAUUUAUCUUCAAACACAGAAACCAUAGCAGUAGUUGUUAAACCUGUCGUAUUUUUAGACAGCUUCUCUCCUGUCAAGCGUCACGAACUAAUCUCAACAAUUUCCUCAUCAAAAUCAUUAACCUACAUCCUAGAUCCCAUCCUGACCAAGCGGUUUAAAGAUAUUUUACCCUUAAUUGGAUCUUCUUUAUUAGACAAGAUCAACCAGUCUCUGUCAACAGGCUAUGUACCACAGUCCUUUAGAGUAGCUUUAAUAAAACCUCUCCUCAAAAAGCCUUCUCUUGAUCCAGGUGUUUAGGCAAACAGACCUAUAUCUAACCUACCCUUUCUCUCUAAAAUUCUUGAGAAAGCAGUGGCUAGUCAGUUGUGUAGCUUUUUACAUAACAAUAGUUUAUUUGAGGAUUUCCAGUCAGGAUUUAGAGUGCAUCAUAGCACAGAGACAGCAUUGGUUAAAAUCACAAAAAACCUUCUUAAUUGCAUCAGACAAAGGACUUGUCUCUGUACUUGUAUUACUAGAUCUUAGUGCUGCAUUUGACACCAUUGACCAUGGUAUCCUAUUACAGAGACUGACAUUAAGGGAACUUCAUUAAGCUGGUUUAAAUCCUACUUUUAAGAAUGAUUUCAGUUUGUAUAGGUUAAUUACGACUCCUCUAUGUACACUAAAGCAAGUCAUGGAGCUCCGCAGGGUUCUGUGCUUGGA